GCAAUUUUGUUAAGUCCGAUUUACUAACAUGGGAGAACUUGCUUCCUUUGUUUUUGUUCUCUUACUUCAUUGCUUCAUGGCCUCCUUAGCUUGGAGUAGUGAGACAAAUAUCACCACCGACACAUCAGCACUUCUUGCUUUUAAAUCCAUUAUCACUUCAGAUCCAUAUGAUUUCUUAGCUAAUUGGUCUGUCUCCUCUUCUCCAUGCAAUUGGGUUGGUGUCACUUGCAAUACUCGCCAUGGAAGGAUUCAUUCUUUAAAUCUUGGAGAUAUGGGUCUUACAGGCAUGAUAUCUCCAAAAUUAGGAAAUCUCUCAUUCCUUGUUGAACUUAAUCUUGGUGACAACAACUUUCAUGGUGAAAUGCCAAAAGAGUUAGUUCAAUUGCGAAGAUUGAAACAACUCAACCUGAGCUUUAAUGAAUUCCAUGGAGAGGUUCCAGCAUGGAUAGGGGAGUUGUCAACACUACAACACUUGAGCCUUCGCAAUAAUAGUUUUAGUGGAUUCAUUCCAAUGUCUAUAUUCAACUUGUCAAGGUUGGAGAUCUUAAAUUGGAAUUUUAAUUUAAUUGAAGGCACCAUUCCACCUGAGGUGGGAAGACUUGAGAACUUAGAGAUUUUACGUCUUGCUGGUAACAAACUUUCAGGGACCAUUCCACUUGAGGUGGGAAGACUUAGAAGCUUGAAGGCCUUAUAUCUUGAAGGCAAUAGACUUUCAGGAAUCAUUCCUCAAACAAUUUUCAACUUAUCUUCACUUGAAUUGUUAAAUUUGUCGAAGAAUUAUUUGUCAGGAGGCAUUCCCAAUGAAAUUGGCAAUCUUCCACAGCUACAAAUGAUAUAUCUUUCAAACAAUCAGCUUUCUGGUUCCAUACCAUUCUCAUUAUUUAAUAGUUCAAUGCUUCAAGUCAUUGAGCUUAAUUAUAAUAAUCUCUCUGGGAGUCUCCCAACAAAAAUGUGUUUUGGGCUUCCGAAACUUGAAAAAUUUCAGGUGUUUGCAAAUGAUUUAUCCGGUGAAAUACCUUCCGUUUGGCACCAAUGCAAGGAAUUGAUAGAUUUGUCAUUAUCAAAUAAUGGAUUCAACAAAGGAUAUAUACCAAAUGAUAUUGGAAAUUUGACCAACCUCCAAUUCCUAUAUCUUGACAACAACAAUUUGGAAGGUGAAAUUCCAUCAUCUCUCUUCAAUAUCCAUUCUUUAAGAGAAGUAAGUUUAUGGGGAAACAAUUUAGCUGGUACUCUUCCAAUAUCAAUUGCCAAUUGGACGUUGCUGGAAUACUUAUAUUUAAGUCAUAAUUCCUUCACAGGUGAAAUUCCAAAACUUCUAUUUAACAUGCCUUCUUUGACAAUUGUUGACCUUUCCAAGAACAAUUUAUAUGGUAAUAUGCCAGAAGAGAUGUGCCGUCAAUUCUCUUUUCUUAAAAUCUUCUCAGUUGCUGAGAAUCAAUUAGAGGGAAAAAUUCCAAAAUCAAUAAGUAAUUGCACAUCUUUAAAAUGGUUUGAACUUUCCCACAAUCAUUUUCAUGGUAAUCUACCAGAAGAGAUGUGCCAAAGACUCCCAUUACUUGAAGCCAUCCAGAUCGUUGAUAAUAAAUUAGAAGGAAGCAUUCCAGAAUCAUUAAGUAACUGCACAUCUUUAACAAGAUUAUUUUUGGAUGUCAACUCAUUUACAGGUUUUAUACCCAAGGGCAUAGGAAAUCUUGCUAAACUUCAAGAGUUAGCUUUGGCAGAUAAUUAUUUGCAUGGGCCUAUACCUUCCACCAUAUUCAACAUCUCAUCAUUGAUACAUGUGUACCUUGGAACUAACUUCCUCUCUGGCCUUUUGCCAUCAUAUCUAGGAAGUGGCCUUCCCAACCUAAACUUAUUGAGUUUGGAGGGAAAUGAACUUACUGGACAAAUUCCCAACAGUAUCUCAAAUGCUUCUAAGCUCACUGAGUUAGUUUUAGCAUCAAAUAAAUUUAGUGGAGCUAUACCCAAUUUACUUGGGAAUUUAACCAAUUUGAUGACAAUGGAAUUUGGUUGGAAUAACUUCAAUGGGUUGAUUCCUACUGCAAUCAACAAACUACAAAGCCUUCAAUAUUUAAGUCUCUAUUACAAUAGAAUGCAAGGGUCUAUCAUUGAUGAAAUUUGUCAACUCAAAAGUUUAAGUGAGUUGGAUCUAGCUGGCAACAUGUUUACAGGAAUGAUCCCCGCAUGUCUUGGGAAUCUAUCUUCUUUGAGAAAGUUGGAUUUCAGCUCUAACAAAUUGAUUUCUCAUAUUCCCUCCUCAUUUUGGAGUCUUGAAGAUAUCAUGGAAUUAGAUUUGUCCUCCAAUACAUUGAGUGGAACAAUUCCACUUGAGAUUUCAAACAUGAGGGCACUUACACUCUUGAAUUUAUCAAGAAAUCAAAUUUCAGGAAACAUCCCUGAAUCUAUGGGUGGCUUGAAGACUUUGUUGAACCUAUCUUUGGCUCACAACAAAUUCCAGGGGCCUAUUCCUAAAUCACUUGGUGGCAUGAUAAGUAUUGAGUUCUUGGAUCUUUCUCAAAAUUAUUUGUCUGGUGUGAUUCCAAAGUCCUUAGAGUCUCUUGUCUAUAUGAAGUACAUUAACCUUUCCUACAAUUUCUUAUAUGGAGAAAUUCCAAAUGGUGGGCCUUUCCAAAAUUUUACAGCUGAAUCUUUUAUGAUGAAUGAAAAUCUUUGUGGAAGGCCCCAACUUCAUAUCCAACCAUGUAGAAAAGAAAACAAGCAUAGGUCAAAUAAAGUGAUGCUUUUGAUCAUAUGCUUGGUGCCUAUAAUAGUUUUCAUUUUGGUUGUUUCAUGCAUAGUCUUUCUAAAGCAUAAGAGAAAACAUGCUAAUGAUUCAACCGAUGCGGUUUUAAUGAAUUUGGAGAUACCAAUAAGAAUAUCCUAUUAUGAAAUUCUACAAGGAACAAAUAGGUUUGAUGAAAGUAAUCUACUUGGAAGGGGAAGUUUUGGAUCAGUAUACAAAGCAACAUUGUCAAAUGGAAAGACAGUUGCUAUUAAAAUAUUUAACUUUGACUUGGAAGAGGCAUGGAAGAGUUUUGAUACAGAAUGCACUGCCAUAUGCAAUUUACGUCACCGCAAUCUCAUCAGCAUCAUAAGCAGCUGCUCUAAUGAUAAUUUUAAAUCAUUAAUCAUGGAGUUUAUGUCAAAUGGAAGUCUUAAUAAAUGGUUGUACUCUCAUAACUAUUGCUUGGAUAUUUUUCAAAGAUUGAAUAUAAUGAUUGAUGUGGCUUCAGCACUAGAAUAUCUUCAUAGUGGUUCCUCUACACCAGUGGUUCAUUGUGAUGUGAAGCCAAGCAAUGUUUUAUUGGAUGAAAAUAUGGUGGCACAUCUCAGUGAUUUUGGUAUUGCCAAAUUAUUAGGUGACACAGAAUCAGAAAUUUACACCAAGACUUUGGCUACAAUUGGCUAUAUGGCACCAGAGUAUGGAUCAAAAGGAGCUAUUUCUAGUAAAGGAGAUGUGUAUAGUUAUGGCAUUUUGCUCAUGGAAAUGCUGACGAGGAAAAAUCCAACAGAUGACCUGUUUAAUGAAAGUCUAAGUUUGAAGGAUUGGGUUAGCAAAUCAACUCCUCAUUCAAUAAUCAACAUUUUAGAUGUCAAUUUGCUGCAAGGAGACAAUCAAAAUAUUGGCAAAAUAUUGUCACAUGUGUCAUCAAUAUUUGAGUUGGCCUUGAAUUGUUGUGCUGAUUUACCGGAGACACGAAUUAAUAUGACAGAUGUUGUAGUAUUCUUGAAAAAAUUUAAGGUCUCAUUUUUAAAAAAUGUUAGAGCCGCACUGGUUGAGUAAUUGUGAGAUCAAAUUCCAGUUAUUGUUUAUUUA